AUGACUCAGAAUAUAAAUUUAAUAAAUAAAGAUGAUACUCUAUAUAAAAAUAAUAAUCAAAUAUAUUUAAAUCAUCAACGACAGUUCAGUUUUGAAACUUCAUCAAAUAAUGAUUCAAAUUUAAGAUCACCUUCUUCAUCACCAGUAAAAAAUUUAAACACCCAAACCAAAAUAACGCCUUCUAAAGUUAAUCAUCAACCAAAUUCUUCAAAUGAUUAUCAAAUGUCAGAAGUAGAUCUUCAAAAUGGAAAUCACCCUGAAAUUCAUAAUCAUAUAGAUUCUUCAAUUCAACAACAUCAAGAUUCAUUAAUAUCAGAUUCAUCUUAUUCUUUACAAAAACCACCAACUAAUGUAUUAUCACAUGGUUAUCAAUCAUCUAUAUCUUCUGUAUCUUCAAAUGGUUCAAUACCUUCAUCACCUGGAUUAAUCAAUUAUUCACCAAAACAUUCAAGAAAAUUAAAUUCAUUACAUCAGAAUAGAAAUAUGAAAAAUUUAUCAUUAAAUUUAAAUGAUUCAAAUGGUUCAUCAACACCAAAUAACUCUACAACAAAAUCACAACAACAACAAAAUAACCAAAAAUCAAAUUUAUUAUCCAAAAGAAAUAAACUUUCAAUGUCAGAAUCUAUUGAUUCACCUACAAGAUCACAAUCUAUAAAUUUUAUACAACCACCACCACAAUUGACUUCACAUUUAGUAUAUAGUGAAGGAGCUUUAAAUACCCCCGAAGUUACUCAUACUCCAAUUCAGCCACCAAAAAUUCAUCAACAAGAACAUUUAAAUAACUCACAGCCUUCUUCAAUUGAACAAUCACAACCUUCAAAUGAAAAUUAUAAAUUUCCACCAUUGGCUUAUACCAAUAAUAACAAUAAUAACCUUGCAGAAUAUGAUUCAAUUUCAUCAAUAAGUGAUAUGAAGGAAACAGAUCAUAAUGAUAUAUUGAAUGAAAGAAUAAUACCUCCAGUACAACCACCUUUUGCUAUAGGAGCAUCAAAAUUACUGCCAUUGUCAACACCACCAAGAUUACAAAGUCCAAUAAUUUCAAAUACUCAAUUACAUAAUGUUUCAACACCAACUACAAAAUUAUCGAGAAAUAUUAAGAAAAUGUCAAUAGAAUCACCUUUGGAAACAAGUUUCAAUAAAGAUGAAGUAAAUAAUAAAUCAAGUAAUGAUCAAGUUAUAAGUGAAAAUUCCUUCAGUAAUGAUCAAAGUACAUCACAAAAUAUUACAUAUAACUCCAACAAAUUCAAUAUGCCAGAAGAAUUACAAGAAUCAACAUCGAUCAAUGCAUACCCAAAUGGUCCACGAAAUGUAUUGAACAAUUUAAUAUUUUUGUAUUCAGAUCCCAAAAAUAAAAUAGAUAUAAAUGAAUACAACCUAAUAAUAAAUGUUGCAAAAGAAUGUACAAACUUGUCACAUUUAUUACAUAAUCAAAAACCAAAUUACAAAGAAUACAUUCAAAUAGAUUGGUCACAUACAUCAUCAAUAUCCAAGGAUUUAAACUACUUAAUUGAAAAAAUCGAUUCCUUUUACAACAAAAACUUAAAAAUCUUAGUUCAUUGUCAAUGUGGAGUAUCAAGAUCAGCAUGUGUAGUAGUAGGUUAUUUCAUGAAAAAAUUCGAUUUAGGAGUUAAUGAAGCUUAUGAAAUGCUUAAAAAUGGUACAACAACAGCCCCAGGUGUAGUGAUUGAGAAAUGUGAUAGGAUUUGUCCUAAUAUGUCAUUGAUAUUUGAAUUAAUGGAAUUUGGUGAUAAGUUGAAUAAUAAAUCUGAAUUUACUACUAAUCAGAUUUUGAAUCAAUCUCCUCCUUCUCUGAUUGGAAUUUAA